UGAACGUAGCAUUUAAACACCAUAUACAAAUUACACAGAUUACUUGGCUUGCGUUCACAUUCGCUUAAUUUUUGAACUAAAUUCAUAACAAAAUAAUGAAACGAACCAGACAAUCGCUUGUUGCCGAUGGCAAACACUCGAAUAGUAGUUACAAUCAUCAAAAAACGCAACAGGAUGAACGAGAUGUACGACGGAGAAAACGCUGGAAUGAAGACUCGGAGGAGUAUUUAAUACAAUUAUGGUAUCAUAAUGUUGAUAUUUUACGCGGGAAUCGUCGAACCGGAGAUGUGUAUGAGGAAUUUGCCAAAGAAAUGGCAAGUGAAGGAUAUCAUUUCACAGCUGUUGAGAUACAAUGUAAACUGCAUAAUUUAACAAACAAAUACAAGUUGGAAAAAAGGAAACUUGCUAUUGAAGGUGGUAUUUCAGAAUGGAGAUUCUAUUCAAUUGUGGAUAAAAUCUAUAAAGCCCUAAGAAGCGAUCCAGAUGAAACACUGGAAAAUCGGAACAAGGAAAUAGAAGAAGAGGAAGAUACUAGACAGUAUUAUAAUGAAGACUCAAUGCUCAGUGCGGAAGAAAUCGACAAUCCCGUAAAGAAAAUAGAAAUCGAGUCACACAAAGACGAAUCAUUCUAUAGUAAUGAGGAAGUAGUAAACGAUUUAAAGCCAGUCAAAAAGUCGGAGAGUGCACAAAAGCAGUCUAGACCAAAACGGGAUUACAAUAGGGAAAUUUUGGAAAUGUUGAAAAACUGUCAAGACAUAAUGCAAACAGAAGCAGAAGAAAGAAAAAAAUCCGAUGCAAAAAUGUUACAAUUACAGAGAGAACUUGUCGCCAUCGAAAAAGAGCGUAACGAAAUAUUGAAAGAACUAUUGGCAUAAGUUAUGGUGGAAUGUGCUAUGGCACUGAUUAAAUUGUAGAAUAGGCGGUAUUCAUAUUUUAUAAUUUAAUUUUUAGCAGCUUCAUUUAAAUUUAUUUCUACAUACUUUUUUAAUUUAUAUGAAUUGAUUAUAAAAGUCUGUAGCUAUAUGGUACGUAUUUAGUUUUUGACAAUUUUUUCAAUAAAAAAGAUGUUAUAUGAUUUGAAAAAUCAUUUAGCUCAAAUCGAUUAGGUGAGCGAGCAUGUAGAAAAAGAAAGCUCAAUUAAGAAAAAAAAAUAUAUUAUGAAUGGAUUAGUGAAAGAAAACACAUGCUUGGAAAGCUUUGCUAUUCAUCUGAGACAUGUUUAGGGUGGCUACUGACCUACCUUGGUUAAUUCCUAUUCUAAAUUUGCAGAACAAGACUACUUUAACUUAAGUUAUGUCCGCCAACUGCAAUUGAAGUUUUUUUAAGUAUCAAAUUUUUACAAAUUAAUACAUUUUAUUCAAACAAAAAAGUAAA